GGGAGUUUGGAGGGACUGAGUAGCUCAGUGUAAUGGGUCGGUGCCGAACCGCGUCGCGCUCCGGUGACGAUGAUCCGAACCAAAGAUACAAGAGAAAAAAGGCUUCUUUGAAUGUGGAGAAUUUAGAGACUUUGCCUACUGGCAAAGGAAUAACUGAUGGCAAGGUAUCUCUGUAUCACUGUAAUUACUGCAACAAAGAUAUUUCAGGGAAGAUUCGCAUCAAGUGUGCUGUGUGUCAAGAUUUUGAUCUCUGCAUAGAGUGCUUUUCUGUUGGGGCUGAGGUGACACCUCACAAAAGUAAUCAUCCAUAUCGGAUUAUGGAUAAUCUAUCUUUUCCACUUAUAUGUCCAGACUGGAAUGCAGAUGAAGAGAUGUUACUUCUAGAGGGCAUUGAAAUGUAUGGAUUUGGGAAUUGGAAUGAAGUUGCAGAAUAUGUUGGAACAAAAAGCAAGUAUCAAUGUAUUGACCACUAUAAUGCUGUAUAUAUGAAUUCACCAUAUUUCCCUCUCCCUGAUUUGUCUCAUGUUAUGGGAAAGAGCAGAGAGGAACUCCUUGCCAUGGCAAAGAGACAUGAAGUCAAGAAAGAACUUCCUCCAACUGCAGAGCUUACUCUGAAAGAAGAAUCUCCCUUCUCCGAUGGAAUAAACUCUGAAGCAGAAACCACUAAUCGAACAAUGUCUAGGUUAAACUCAGUUUGUGGAAAAGCUUACUCAAGUACAAUUAUGAAAGCUUUCGAUGUAAGCCAUAAUGCUGGAGUUAAGGUGGAAGGGUAAUCCUUUGG